AUGGCCGACCAGCACGAUUACAUCCUCUACUCCUACUUCCGCUCCUCCUGCUCCGCGCGCCUGCGCAUCGCCCUCAACGCCAAAGCCAUCCCCUACAAAACCGUCCCGACCAACCUCCUCAAGGACGAGCACCUCUCCGCCGCCCACCGCGCGCUGAACCCCUCCGGCACCGUGCCGCUGCUGGUCAACCGCGCUGACGCGGACUUCAAAGUCACACAGUCCGUCGCGGCGCUCGAGUAUCUCGAGGAGACGCACCCGGACGCGACGCCGCUGCUGCCGCAAGAUGCCAAGCGCCGCGCCGCGGUGCGGAGUUUGGUGAACAUCGUCUGCUGCGACAUCCAGCCGGUGACCAACAUGCGCAUCAUGCGCCGUGUGAGGGCGCUAGGGGGCAAUGCGGAGCAGUGGAAUCGCGAGCUGAUGGCGGACGGGCUGGCGGCGUAUGAGGCUGUUGCGAAGCAGUGGGCGGGCAAGUGUUCUGUGGGGGACGAGAUGACGAUGGCGGAUGUGUGUUUGCUCCCUGCAGUGUGGAAUGCGGAGAGGUUUGGGGUGGAUUUGAGCGUGUACCCGACGAUUGGGAGGGUGGUGGAGGGGUUGAAGGAGCAUCCGGCAGUGGUGAAGGCACAUUAUUUUAAUCAGCCUGAUACCCCUGAUGAGUUGAGGAUCAAAUAG